AUGGGAACAAGAGGUGGUGAUGUGACACAAGAUAGCAAACGUCUAAUCCCUGAGCAAACUCCACCGUCUAAGUUCGGCGAAAACCAGUACGAUUCUUAUGUGGAUUCUGAUCUCUGGGACAUCCCUUCCGCCCUUCUCCACCCUCAAAAGGGUCAUUUCCACUCUGGGAUCGUUAUCCUUGGCGCCCAGUCAUCUCAGAACAUUGAUUUGACUAAAUUUGAUGUCCAACUUGCUCUUGAUGAGGAGCUGGAAAAACUGGGUUUACGGGUUAUUGGUGCAGGGGAGUUGAGUUUGUUUAAGUACGUCGAGGAAGCUGAGUUUGGACCUGGGUUUCCAGUUAAUUCUGUUUUUGUUAUGGGCAAAUUGUUUGAUGCAAAUCACACUUCUGAGGGGAUUGCCAAAGCUGGGCAGGUUUUAUCUUCAACGGUUACCAAAAGUUCAUUUGAAUGCCAUUGUUCAAAUUCUAUGGUUUAUUAUUAUUUUGUUGAUUUUGUCACCAGAAUAUGCUUUAAAGCUCAUGCAACUUAUUGUUGGAAAUACUCCGCUACAUGUUCAGGGUUCUCUAAGUGGAUGUCUACUCAAAGCUGUCUUAAUUGGCUUCUGGAGGUGAAAUCAUGUAAUGACCGUGUAGGGCCUUCUGUAGUUGUUGCUCUUAUAAAUGACUCAUCGCAGUCUGCUGCACGGAAAUUACAUCCCUGCUUGUGCUAUCAGAACAAGCGAGGACAUUUUAUACGAUUAAUUCCAAUCACCAACAUGUGAUGGUUUGUUGCAUUGGAAAAGAAGGCAAUACUCCACCGCCUGGCGAAGCACCUCCUGUUUCUUCCAUUGACACCAUCUCUACUGGUACAUAGUCGUCCUCUUUUGUUUCUGCCAACA